GACGGCCCCUUCCAAGUGUGUGCAAGAGGUCUGGUCCCCAGCUUUAAAAUUCUGGACGCACCGCGUACUGACCUCUUCUCUCCCCCCAGUGGUGGCUAGCCCUUCCCAAGUGUGCAGUUGCCUCCUCCCUGUUCAGUCCGGCCGUCGUCCCGCUCCCAGUUGGGCUACAAGUGGCCGAGUGCUGCAGUCCAGCGCAGCGCGCCCUGCACACAGGCAUCUUGGCUUGCGGCUCCGCGGGCUCUAAGAAGUUGAGCCCCUAGCUGUUGCCUGUGGCAUCACUCGUGGGUCCCCAGCUCCCUGCCUCUCGCUUUCCCCUCCCUCGGAGCAGCGGGUCCUAGUGAGCCAGCAGCCAGCAGCCCUCCCAGGAACUUCCCGCCUGAAGUACAACUAUGCUGCUAGGUGGAAUCCUGCUGGUAGUGCAAGCCUUGCAGUUUGCCAGUGCCUUGGACCUGCCGGCUGGUUCCUGUGCCUUUGAAGAGGGCACUUGUGGCUUUGACUCGGUGUUUGCGUUUCUGCCUUGGAUUCUAAAUGAGGAAGGCCAUUAUGUUUAUGUGGACACCUCUUUUGCAAAGCAAGGGGAGAAAGCCGUGCUGCUGAGCUCAGACUUGCAGGCGGAGGAAUGGAACUGCCUUCGCCUGGUCUACCAGAUAACCGCACCUCUGGGCCCCGUGUCAGAACCCAGUCAGCUGAACCUCUACAUGAGAUUUGAGGAUGAAAGCUUUGAUCGCUUGCUUUGGUCCACUAAGGAGCCAUCCGACAGCUGGCUCAUAGCCAGUCUGGAUCUUCCAAACAGCUCCAAGAAAUUCAAGAUUUUGAUAGAAGGUGUCCUGGGACAAGGAAACACAGCCAGCAUUGCCCUCUUUGAAAUCAAGAUGACAGCCGGCUACUGUAUCGAAUGUGACUUUGAAGAAAACCAUCUCUGUGGCUUUGUGAACCGCUGGAAUCCCAAUGUGAACUGGUUUGUUGGAGGAGGAACUGUGAAGAACACCCAUUCCGUCCUCCCACAGGAUCACACAUUCAGGAGCGAGCAGGGCCACUAUAUGUACGUGGACUCCGUUUACGUCAAGCACUUCCAGGAGGUGGCCCAGCUCAUCUCUCCGAUGACCACAGCCCCCAUGUCUGGCUGCCUCUCAUUCUAUUACCAGCUUCAGCAAGGCAACGACAAUGUCUUCACUCUUUACACCCGGGAUAUGGCUGGCCUGUAUGAGGAGAUCUGGAGAGUGGACAGUUCAGGCAGUGCCACCUGGAACCUUGCAGAGGUGGAGUUCAGUGCUCCUUACCCCAUGGAGGUUAUUUUUGAAGUUGCCUUCAAUGGUCCCAAAGGAGGCUACGUUGCUCUGGAUGAUAUUUCUUUCUCUCCCGUUCAUUGCCAAAAUCAGACAGGGCUUCCCUUCAGUGCUGUGGAAACCAGCUGUGAUUUUGAGACAGACCUCUGCAACUUCUAUCAAGACAAGGACGGCCCAGGUUGGACCAGAGUGAGGGUGAAACCGAACAUGUACCGGGCGGGGGACCACACGACAGGAGCAGGGCAUUACCUGCUGGCCAACACUAAGUUUACGUUCCAGCCUGGCUACAUCGGAAGGCUCUACGGUCCCUCCUUACCAGGGAACAUGCAGUACUGUGUGCGCUUUCAUUAUGCCAUCUUCGGGUUUUUGAAAAUGAGCGACACCCUCGCGGUUUAUAUCUUUGAAGAAAACCACGUGGUGCAGGAGAAGAUAUGGUCUGUGCUCGAGUCCCCGAGGGGUGUUUGGAUGCAAGCUGAAAUCAGCUUUAAAAAGCCCAUGCCCACAAAGGUGGUUUUUAUGAGCCUCUGCAAAAGCUUUUGGGACUGUGGACUGGUAGCGUUGGAUGACAUUACCAUCCAAUUGGGAAACUGCCGGUCUCCAGAGAGACUUCCACCUCCACCUGGAGAGUGCACUUUCGAUCAAGAUGAAUGUGCGUUUACACAGGAGAAACGAAACCGGAGCAGCUGGCACAGGGGAAGAGGAGAAACACCCACCUCUUACACAGGACCAAAGGGAGAUCACACUACUGGGGUAGGCUACUACAUGUUUAUCGAGGCCUCCCACAUGGUGUAUGGACAAAAAGCACACCUCUUGUCCCAGCCCUUGAGAGGUGUCCCUGGGAAGCACUGCUUGACUUUUUUCUACCACAUGUAUGGAGCAGGAACUGGCCUGCUGAGCGUUUUCCUGAAAACAGAGGAAGAGAAUGAAGAGCCCCUGCUGUGGAGGAGGCGAGGGGAACAAAGCAUCUCCUGGCUGCGUGCGCUGGUAGAAUACAGCUGCAGGAGGCAACACCAGAUCAUUUUUGAAGCCAUUCGGGGAGUGUCAAUAAGAAGUGAUAUUGCCAUUGAUGAUGUUAAAUUUCAUGCAGGACCGUGUACAGAAAUGGAAGAUACAACUCAACAAUCAUCAGGAUAUUCUGAAGACAUAAAUGAAAUUGAGUAUUAGGAAAUGAUCUAAAUCGGAUUAAAUAGACAAAAUUUGUGCCUCUCUUCAAUCAAAGUGAAAACAGAAGAAAUGAAUACUGGAUAUUCUUAACUAUUGCAUAAGUUGAAAUGACUUCAGAACACCCCCUUUCAUUACUUUUGAAGAGAGAGAGAGAGAGAGAGAGAGAGAGAGAGAGAGAGAGAGAGAGAAAGAGAGAGAGAGAGAGAGGAGACUCAGGGCUUUCCUUUUUUUAUUCCCCUGUGCAUUUGACAACUGUUACUGGAAGUACAGGCUACUGCUUUAACAUAGGCCAUUUCAUCUUAAUUUGGGUGCCAAUUAAAAAUACAAAUGUACUAUGUUAUAGUCAUUUCAAAGUGCACAUAUAAAGGGCACAAUCAAAAUGAAUGUGCUUAUUUAAGUCUGCAUUCAAUGAAUGUAUUGGGAGACUAGGAAUUGGUGGUUUUCCUUUUGAGUUUCAAGUACAAAAAUUUUUCUUAAAUAAUGCAACGUGUCAGUAAUAUCUGCAAAAUGAAUGCAGUUUACUUAUGGUAACAGAUUAUUCCAGAAAUAAGGCCUCAUUUGUGUAUUUUAUUAACAGAAAAAGCUAUAAUUCAUUACUAUUUCGCUAUCGGUAUAAGAAAGGAGCUCUCACAGAGCCCAGGUUAAGUCCAUACGAAUUAAUGCUGCAGUAUAAGGCACUGCCGCCCUCUUUGCUUUCCCUUUGAACUACCUUGGACAGUUACUAUGAGUGCACGGGCAUUAAUGCACCUCUUCAAUAAGGCAAGCAUGAAUUUUUCAUGUAUACACACCCAACAAUUUUAAUAAACUUGUUCAACAAUUUGACUGAUUUUUAUGAUAAAUGUUUUGGUGAAGUUUUGAGUAAUAUGUAGUCAGUUACAUUUACUAAACUAUUGUUUUCUAUUUACUUAGAGAAUUGUAUAUACGUGUGCAAUUUGUGGCCAAGUAGCUGUUGUAAAACUUCAAAAUUACCUAAUAAAAGAUCAUUUGAAACUCC